CUUUCUACGAGAGUUGGAAUUUUCUGACAGUGAAGUGUUGUCGACGCCCAGUUGCUUGUGAGUUGCUGAAUUUAAUUUUAUAUAUUAUUAUCAAAGAUAGCAAAACGCAGAAAUGCAGACAAUAAAGUGUGUUGUGGUAGGUGAUGGAGCUGUGGGUAAAACAUGCCUGCUAAUAUCAUACACUACCAACAAGUUUCCAUCGGAGUAUGUCCCUACUGUAUUCGACAAUUAUGCUGUGACAGUCAUGAUUGGUGGGGAACCGUACACUCUAGGAUUGUUUGACACAGCUGGCCAGGAAGACUACGACAGACUGCGGCCUUUGAGUUACCCGCAAACUGACGUAUUCCUUGUGUGUUUUUCUGUCGUAUCACCAUCAUCCUUUGAAAACGUUAAAGAAAAGUGGGUGCCGGAGAUAACACAUCAUUGUCAAAAGACACCGUUCUUACUGGUUGGCACCCAAAUCGAUUUGCGAGACGAUGCGACGACCAUUGAGAAGCUCGCGAAAAACAAACAAAAGCCAAUCACAUCAGAACAGGGUGAAAAGCUUGCAAAGGAGCUUAAAGCUGUUAAAUAUGUCGAAUGCAGCGCUCUGACACAGAAAGGAUUGAAGAACGUCUUCGACGAAGCAAUCCUGGCAGCUUUAGAACCACCAGAACCUGUAAGGAGAAGAAAGUGUGUCAUCUUGUAGGGGGCUGUGCGUCUUUCCGUCUUAUCUUGAAACAAUUGGCUCGUUGCGCCCUACUUUGUAAGUUUCAUUAUUGAAUACACAUAAGAAUAUGCAUAUGUAGGCGACCAAAAAGUAGCCACGAAGACAUUCUAAAGUCGAAUCAGUUACAGAGUUUAUUCUAAUAAACCUUGCGGAAUUUGUCUCUCGUACAAAAGCUUCUACGCCAGUACCGAAACUUAUUACAGUUGCAUGUAUAUAAGACGCGAUAUCGGACACGCGAAUAAAUCCAAAUUUAAUAAGUGAUUUUUAUGCAGAUUUUAAGUGAGACGUGCAUGCUCAAAUUUUUAUUUUUAUUUUUAUUCCUACAGUCUUAUGCGUGCAUUCUAUCAACACCAUUGUGCCAUAUCUACCUCACGUCACACGUAUUACCAAUUUCUCUUUAUCACAUUGCUGAGCUUAAUCUGAAUUCGGUAAUCCAGAUAUACUGCGAACAGUAUAAUUCAAAAGAGCGCGACAAGCAUUUAGGGUGUAUGGCAACUAGGGAGCACGAGCUAUAGGGAAGUCAUUUAAAUUGAGAGUUCAUGCGGAACAUUUCUGUUUAGGAUGGACUACGGUAUUGAAUAUGAAUACUUUUUACGAUCGCAUAAACAAAACGAAUCGACCAUCCUGGACUGGAGCAAUCCCCUGUGAGUUGUAAUCGGGAUGCCAGCCUCUCAAAUAUAUAGUAAAAAAAAUUAAGGCAUUUCUAAUAAUAAGUUACUAAUGUGAAUUUUUUAAUAAAUUAAAAAUUAAAAGAUCAUCAAGUAUACUUUUCUUGUUUAGAAGUCACGAACAAAGGAGAGAGGUUUACAUGAAUACUACUUUUUUAUUAUUUUCUGAUAAAAUUAAAUUAAAUUUUUCCAUACUUCGUUUCCAUUAUAAAUAGCCUGUUUCACGCGCGUCGCACAAAAUUCAAGUGGCACGUCAAUUGCAAAUUGACCAAACACAGACGCGCGAAAACUUAUCGAGUGAUCCUUUAAGUGGAUUUUUAACUCCACGUAAAUCCCUGCACAUAUGGGCAUUAUUCCUGAACGAUAGACUCUAACAAAAAUAAGAAAACUCUCUUUCCCCGUAAGUUUGCAUCUUUAUAAAUAUAUACAUAUUAUAUUAACUGUAUGACAAAGUAUUGUCUGAAUAUGAAGAAACCGAAUUUAAUUUGAUUUCCUUUAUCGGUCAUUUGUAUGGUGCUCGAUAGAUGCACCUUUGGAAAGUACAAUAUUAUAUUAUACUAACAUUAAAAUUCACAUAAAAUGUUUCAUAACCGA